CCUAUGUAUAUGAUGGAUGGACCUCCCCCAGGCAGGGGUCUUUUCUCGUUGGUUGAGUGAGUCGAGUCGUUGGCCUAGAGCUUCCAGCCUCUCUAAAGUUUUGGGGUGGUGAAUAUCAGCUGGCCUGUGUGUUACCGCGGUGCUUGUGGACAUUCAUUCUUUAUCUUUCGUGUUUAACACUUAUUGUUUCGCGACCCUUUCAGCUCCGUCGGUAUCUGUGAUGGAGCAACAGCUUUGAAGCUCGGACGGCGAUGAGGCUGGCAAUUGAACAAGCAGGAUCCGUGUUCACUGGCUGGAUUGCGUCCUGCUUGUCCUGUCUGCGCCCUGAAGGUGAUAUUCAGGGCUCACAUCACCAGAAAGCAAUGAAGUCGAACGGCGUCGAACGAGAGAUGAGGAUAUGUCAUAGUCAACCUCAUCUCGUGCCUCCAAUGAAGCUGGUGGUCUAUGAUGACCUUCCGAGCCCAGGUCCUCCGCCUCGGACCUCAUCCUUUCCAUCAUGGAUAACGGAGGGCAGAAGCAUCGCCUCCCGAGCAUCCAACAGGGCCAGCAUGUCGUUCAAGCGGCAGUCCACCACCCCAUUGAGGAUCAGUGCACCGACAGACUUCAGAAGAGUCGAGACUUUCCAAUCCUUUGCCUCCAGUCCAGCGGAGUUUCAACCGCUCGUGUUGAAGAUUCACACACCGGGCAACCGCCUCUCAGAUCUGCCAACCUUUGACGAAUUUCUUCCACAUGAGGACCGACGACGAUCUCUUGCCUGGCCUGCAAAAGCAGUUGUCUCUCCUACUGACCCUUCACGUAUUUCCCGCACUCGAUCUCAUCACCACUCUUCGUCAUCUUUCCAGUUAGCCUGCAAACCCGUAGGAUCAGGGUCCCGUCGAUCUUCCCUUGCCAACUUGGAGCAGCUUCUGGACAGUCAAUCUCCCAUCACGAGCCCUGGGAUACCUCAUUUCUCAGCCCGUACCUCGACCGCCACCGGCCUCAGCGAGGCCUUGUUCUCACCAACACACUCCAGGCUGGAGUCUUCGGCUGGCUACGGGUCAAUGCCCCAACGCCAACGCAGCGAUAUCAUCUCGUCCAUCGCGGUUCCCCCAAGACACCUCCCAAAACUCCCCUGCAGGACAGGCCGCUACCACCUCUUCCUACCGACAACUCCCCAUCGUCAAAGGGAACAACUACAUCCAAUCCCUCAUCCACCACCCUCUCCGAGAACGACAUCCCAACCCCAACCCCAAACACCACCCCAACCCGCACCGGCCGCGUCGCGCAAUGGCUCCUCCAAACAGGCAACAAAGCCUCUCCCCCUGUCUCCUGGAAACCCCGAGCCGAAAAGAGCGGGAGCGGAAGCGCAAGCGCAAGCGCAAACGCCUUCCGCAUCCGCUCACGCACCCUCAGCGGCUCAACGGCCGACGCCCCCAUCACGGGGCACCCAAGACCGCAAUCCCGCUCUACCAUCCGAAAAGGACCUCGAGGCCUUUCCGUCGCGGGCCCUCUUCUCACACACCCCGCCAGCCCUCUCAUCCACAACCAUGUCCAUCCCCGACGACAGACCCUACCCCACCAUCUACGAAGGCCAGCAACAGCAAUUCGCGUACAGCGAGUUGGAGUACUACUCGAGUCCCAAUCACCGCCAAUCGACCAUCGGCCUGGCCUUUUGA